UGCAGCGGAGCAUAGGCGACCACCACCGAAAGAGGCCACCAUGAGCUGCCUGGGGAUCUUCAUCCCCAAGAAGCACCGGGCGCGCUUCGACGAGGUGGUGUCGCAGGGCCUCCUGGGCAAGCUGUGCCGCGCCCGCCGGGCCCAGGGCGCUCAGCGACUGCGCCGGAGCCGCAGCGAGGAACGGCCGGAGCGCCUCCUGGUGUCCACGCGCGCCAGCGCCCCGCCGCGCCGCCCCGACGAGCCGCCCCCGCGCAGGGCCUCCUUGCUGGUGGGCAGCCUUGCUGGCUCCGGGGGCGCGCGCAGGACUGUCCGAGUCUACAAGGGCAACAAGAGCUUCGGCUUCACACUUCGCGGCCACGGACCUGUCUGGAUCGAGUCUGUCUUGCCUGGGAGCCCAGCUGACAAUGCUGCCCUCAAGUCAGGUGACCGGAUCCUCUUCCUCAAUGGACUGGACAUGAGGAACUGCUCCCAUGACAAGGUGGUGUCCAUGCUUCAGGGCAGUGGUGCCAUGCCCACGCUGGUGGUGGAGGAAGGGCUCGUCCCAUUUGCCAGUGACUCAGAUUCUAUGGACUCGCCCAACCCGUCAUCAGCGCUUACCUCCCUGCAGUGGGUGGCGGAGAUCCUGCCAUCCAGCAUCCGGGUGCAAGGGAGGACCUUCAGCCAGCAGCUGGAGCACCUGCUCACACCUCCUGAACGCUACGGAGUCUGCCGGGCCCUCGAGAGCUUCUUCCAGCACAGGAACAUCGACACGCUCAUCGUUGAUGUCUACCCCGUGCUGGACACCCCUGCCAAGCAGGUCCUGUGGCAGUUCAUCUACCAGCUGCUGACCUAUGAGGAACAGGAGCUCUGUCAGGAGAAAAUCGCAUGCUUCCUGGGCUACACUGCCAUGACGGAGCCGGAGCCUGAGCUUGACCUGGAGUCGGAGCCCACGCCUGAGCCCCAGCCCCGGAGCUCCCUGCGGGCCUCCUCCAUGUGCCGCCGCAGCCUCCGGUCGCAGGGCGUGGAGGCCGGCCUCAGCUGCGGUCCCAGUGAGUGUCCUGAGAUGCCUCUUUCCCUGAUCCCAGGCGAGCGCCAGGCGGGCGAUGGCACAUCCCUCCCUGAGACCCCCAACCCCAAGAUGAUGUCAGCCGUCUAUGCAGAGCUUGAGUCUCGACUGAACAGCAGCUUCAAAGGGAAGAUGGGGACCGUGUCCAAAUCCCGGGCUUCCCCUCCAGGCCCCAGCCCGGCAGUCGCUGCAGGGCCCAGGACCCUGUCCGGCGUCUCAUGGCCCAGCGAGCGACUCCUGCCCUCCCCUUGCUACCACCCGCUGUGUUCUGGGGGCCUGGCCUCCCCCAGCAGCUCUGAGUCCCACCCUUACGCCAGCCUGGACAGCAGCAGGGCGCCCUCCCCACAGCCAAGCCCGGGGCCCAUCUGCCCCGACAGCCCCCCAAGCCCAGACCCUGCCCACCCGCCCAGCCGCAGGAAGCUUUUCGCCUUCUCCCACCCUGUGCGAAGCCGUGAUACUGACCGCUUCUUGGAUGUGCUGAGUGAGCAGCUCGGCCCCCGGGUCACCAUUGUGGAUGAUUUCCUGACCCCUGAGAAUGACUACGAGGAGAUGAGCUUCCACGAUGACCAGGGUAGCUUUGUAACCAAUGAGCGGAGCAGCGCCAGCGACUGCGUCAGCAGCAGUGAAGAAGGAAGCUCCCUGACCUACUCCUCCAUCUCUGACCACAUCCCACCACCCCCACUCAGUCCCCCACCACCGCCACCCCUGCCUUUCCAUGACCCCAAGCCCAGUUCCCGCAGCUCUGAUGGUUCCCGGGGCCCUGCUCAGGUGCUGGCCAAGCCCCUCACCCAACUCAGCCACCAAGUCCCUCCACCACCCCCACCACCCCUGCCCCCACCUGUGCCCUGUGCACCCCCCAUGCUGUCCCGGGGCCUGGGCCAUCGGCGCAGCGAGACCAGCCACAUGAGUGUCAAGCGCUUGCGGUGGGAGCAGGUGGAGAACUCCGAAGGCACCAUCUGGGGUCAGCUUGGGGAAGACUCCGACUACGAUAAGCUGAGUGACAUGGUGAAAUACCUCGAUCUGGAGCUCCACUUCGGCACCCAGAAACCUGCUAAGCCGGUGCCGGGACCCGAACCUUUCCGGAAGAAGGAGGUGGUGGAGAUUCUGUCCCACAAGAAGGCCUACAACACCUCCAUCCUCCUGGCGCACCUGAAGCUGAGCCCCGCGGAGCUGCGCCAGGUGCUGAUGAGCAUGGAGCCCCGGCGCCUGGAACCCGCGCAUCUAGCGCAGCUACUGCUCUUCGCGCCCGACGCCGAUGAGGAGCAGCGCUACCAGGCCUUCCGCGAGGCGCCCGGCCGCCUCAGCGAGCCGGACCAGUUCGUUCUGCAGAUGCUGUCCGUUCCCGAAUACAAGACGCGCCUGCGCAGCCUCCACUUCCAGGCCACCCUCCAGGAGAAGACCGAGGAGAUCCGAGGCAGCCUCCAAUGCUUGCGCCAGGCCUCCCUGGAGCUCAAAAACAGCCGAAAGCUCGCCAAGAUCCUGGAGUUUGUGUUGGCCAUGGGCAACUAUCUCAACGAUGGACAGCCCAAAACCAAUAAAACCACCGGCUUCAAGAUCAACUUUCUGACAGAGCUGAACUCCACCAAGACAGUGGAUGGGAAGUCCACCUUCCUGCACAUCCUUGCCAAAUCGCUGAGCCAGCACUUCCCUGAACUCCUGGGCUUUGGUCAGGACCUGCCCACCGUGCCCCUGGCUGCCAAAGUGAACCAACGGGCCCUGACCAGUGACCUGGCUGACCUCCAUGGCACUAUCAGCGAGAUACAGGAUGCCUGCCAGAGCAUUUCCCCCUCCAGCGAGGACAAGUUUGCAGUGGUCAUGUCGUCCUUCUUAGAGACGGCCCAGCCAGCGCUUCGGGUGCUGGACGGGCUGCAGCGCGAGGCCAUGGAGGAGCUGGGCAAGGCGCUGGCCUUCUUCGGGGAGGAUUCCAAGGCCACCACCUCUGAGGCUUUCUUCGGUAUCUUUGCAGAAUUCAUGAGCAAAUUCGAGCGAGCGCUGAGUGACCUGCAGGCCGGGGAGGGCCCACGCAGCUCCGGGAUGGUUUCACCCCUGGCCUGGUGACAGUGGCCACACCACAUCCUCUGUGGCCUGAGCAGGGAGAUGGAGGCCGAGAGGGCGGCCCAGACACUGCUGAGGUCUGUGGCCUCUGCGCCCCAGGCUGUGAGCACACCUUCAGCCUCUCCUGCAGCUACCUCAGCCGCUGAGCUGUCGCCGGGCCUUCCUCUGCCAGCCCUUGUUCCUACCCCCAGGCCCGGGGCCAGAUGCCCUAGGAGUGGGCUCUGAGUGUGCCUGCACUGGGAGGACUGCGCCAUCGGCUUCCUGGGGCCACUUCCCGCCUUCUCCCGGGCUGUCGGGGGGCCUGGAGUGUGGAUUACAAAGUGGCCACAUUCCUAGGACAUGCAGACCGUCUUUCUGAUCCUGCUCCUAGCAGGUUCCUGCGAGGAGGCCAACACCCUUGAGCACCACCCUGCAGGCAGGCACAACCCAACAUAGAGGGGCCCUGGGGACGUACAUGCCCAGCCUGGGCCUUGGAAGCUGGCUGCAGAGGCACAGGAAGAGAGAGGCCAGGGAGCGACGCAGGGAAGGAGGGGCUGGAGGAGGAAGACCCCCUAUGUCACACUGCAGAAUUGAGGUUUCAUGCAGUGGACAUGAAACCUCUGUAGAAGGUGGACACCUUCUACGGAGGUGGCCCGAUUGAAAGUGGGGAGACUGGGAGGGGACUAGGCAUGGUCAAGGUAGAGCAGACAGAAUGGGGAGGUAAGGCAGGAGGUGAGCAGGAUCUGGUGGCGGACUGCCAGACUUCUCACCCAAAUGGAUGGUGAUGCUCCCUGGAGCAAGUCAUGAGACCAGGGCAGGUCUGGGGGCAGAUGACACAAUCUGGGAUGUAUUUGGGACCCAAGUGGCCACUUAAAUGUGCCUAGGCAUACAGCAGGAAUUACCUGGAUGCCAGGAGCAGGAGCAGGUGGUGUGGUGGGCAGGGAGGGAGGGUGUGGGACUGGUUUCACUUUUUUUAUUCUCUGAUUGGCAGAUCCUUGCAUCAGACAGCUUCCCCCAUUGCACCUUUCUUUUGUUUCCCCCUGGAAAAGUCUGAAAUGGGCUUUAAUCCUGUCUUUUGGAUUCUUUUUCUCCCGCUGCAAUCAAAUGGCUUACAUUGCACCUGGGCAGUAGUGGGGACCUGUUCAGUCCUUCCUAGUCCCCCAGGCCCCUUUUUGAAGCCAUCUUUUUUUGUUUCUUGCACACAGCCACUAUACAAAAACAUCAAGACCAAAAUAUAUACUGCAAGGGGGAUGUGGCUAGUGGGAUUCAGUUCUCCCCAGCAGCUCAAGUGGAAUCGUUUCCGAAAGUUUGCAGUGCCCGUGCCUCUGAGAAACAUGUCAGGAAGUCAGUUAAAACCUCUACAAGCCAGGCGAGGUGGCUCAUACCUGUAAUCCCAGUACUU